GUCGGGUUAUAGGCACACAAAAAAGUAACAAUUAAUUAUGUGAUGUUAUCUUGUGUUUUAGAAGUGUUUUAUUAUUAUUGUAAGAACAACAAGAAGGACACAGAACUUUUGGUUUACCUUUUUCUCCAAACUUGGUAAUACAGGCAUCCUUUAAAUUCCUUUCUUACCUCCUUCAGCAACGCUGUUUUCAUUUUUCGCAGCUUCAUCCAGUUUAGGGACUUUUCUCACCAUUUUCCUCAUCACAUUACAGAAUCCUCGUCAAGGGAGGGGGGGACAUAACAACAUCCAUGUACGUCAUAGAAACAGCACAAUAAUAACAAGGCGGUAACUUUUGAUGGACUCUCAGCCCUUUCGUUUGUUAGAGAUUCUUCAGGAAAAGAAUGAUGUCGAUAACGGUAGUGUGGCUCCUGUUUCCCCAGAGGGAUCACCAUCGAUUGUAUCUCCAACUUUUGUUGUUCUUGAGGUUGGCCCCGAAGCACUACGCUACCGUUGCCCGGUAUACUUGCUUGAAAUCGGCUCCUCUUCCAUACAGAAGCUUUUAGCGUAUCAGCAUAACCAAACUGAGAAAAGGCCAGACUCUAGAAUGGAAGCAAAUGCUGACACAAAGGUCUCGGAUAACAACGCAGGACUCGAGGAGGAGCUCACAGCACAAGAGGUAGUGGAAGACAGUUUCCUCUCGGCAUCGAAUACGAACAUUCCUCUACCCGAUAUCGGCAACGUAUGCUUCGAGACGGUGGCACUAUACUUGGAGCACUUCUACGGUGUUGCGUCUUCCUCGCGCCCCGGCCGUUACGGCAACCAGCUUAGCCAAGUCAACCCAACUAACCCCCCUGGUUACGACCCGGCGGAGGCUGGGCAGGACCGGCCCCCAGGUGAGGCUCUUUUCAGCCAUGAGCGUCCAACCCCCCUGGCACCGCCGAUGAAGCUGCAGGACCUCUACGGGCUCGCGGGGUGGGAGCGGGAGUUCGUGCUCGAGCGGCUCGUCCGGUGGCGCGAGAGCCGGAUGGCGGCGCGCGGCCCGGCUGGCAUCCUCGCACCAGCCGUUGAUGCCGGCAGCCCGGCGUGGGCAUCUGGCGGGACGGCCCCGGACUCGGGUUUGAAUCCCACGAUGGAAGACAUUUUGUAUCACGAUGGGGCGUGGGUGGACGCGCUGGGGACUCCGUCCUGCCGCUCCUCACCCACGGAGCGGCUCCAAGUCGUCGAGCCAUGCCUGGAGGCGGACUGGAUCGAGGGUCCUUCUGAGAUGACAGAACCAGCCCCCCGUAUCACCGGCCCGAAAGUGUACCCGUCCUAUGUGGUCUCCUUCACGCUGGAAGAAAAGCAAAGCAUCAUGAAUCGGCUAUGCGAGACACUGCACGCCGCCGGGCGGCUGGGUGUAGUUCCGUUGCAGCACUUGUGCGCCGCGCUUAUCGCAAAUAUGGUGGCGCGUCUAAAUGAGGAAAAUGCGCGCCUCGUGGUGGCAAGGCCUGUCGAUGGAAAUCUACAAAGCAUUCCUCCCAUGAGCGCGAACCGCCGAACAGAACUUCUCAAACGGCAUCCAUGGCUGGAGGCCAUUUUGAAGGAAAAGAAAAGUGUUGAGGGUGCGUGGGCGGAAUUCUCCUGA